AUGAAGGUCACCAUCCUCCUUGCGUUAGCCACAGCUGCUGUCGCCGACAUCAUCAAUAAUGAGCACCUCAAGACCGAAGUCAUCACCCCCGCAGAGUGCGUCCGCAAGACCAAGGCUGGCGACAAGAUCAAUGUCCACUACCGCGGUACCCUCACCGACGGCAGCGAGUUCGACGCUUCAUACAACCGCGGCCAGCCUCUCAGCUUUACCGUAGGCCAAGGGCAGGUCAUUAAGGGCUGGGAUCAGGGACUGCUCGACAUGUGCCCUGGCGAGAAGAGGAAGUUGACCAUCCAGCCCGACUGGGCAUAUGGGUCGCGGGGAGCUGGGCCUAUUCCUGCAAACAGCGUCUUGAUCUUUGAGUCGGAGCUGGUAUCAAUCGAUGGCGUCAAGGACGAGCUAUAAACGUUGAUUGCCGUCUGGAACGACCGGUACAAGGAAAAGGUUUGCUGGGAGUGAUACAAUCUGCGCUCAAGCAUCAGGUGGCGUUUGAUGAGAAGGCGGGGGCGAUACCCAUCGAUAGAGUCUUAAAGCUGGAUCAACGCAUGUUACGAUGUAUAUCACGAAAACUAUGAACUAUAUACGAAGGCAGUACCAAAAGCUAAUGCCUAUACGUGGCAUACAUAACCGCGGGGUUCGCAGACCAACAGGAAAGAAUCAACGCCACAAGCACCUCGGUACCUUGACUAGUAUGCACUUAUUUACGCGGAGUACAUUUUUCCGUCUAUCUAUUGAUCUCGUCAUCGACUUUCCUCUUCUCCGCCUUAUCGGCUUUUCUGGCUGGGCAAUCUUCAGCCCAAUAGCGUUCAUCGCGUGUGCAAGCUUCACUCGGUAGGGCGCUGUCUCUGCGCUCUUGUGUUCGCUCCGACCUUCAUGGCUUCAUCAAUUCCUUAUGUGCC